UUUGUGUGUCCUAAAUUUGUCAAUACCUACCUCCACUCUUCCUCAUCAAAGUCAAUUUAGCUGGUAUUGUCAUUAAUUCCACCACCCUCUCAACUCAGUCCUACUUCAUUUCCCAACAUUGAUCCAAUCUGUCUUCUGUCAGGCUUCAGAAUUACUAAGCCUGUGCCAGUUAACUAAAACAUAAGAGAACUGCAACGGGGAAAAUGCUUGUUUUCUCUGUAAUUGAGUGGGUGAGCUCUCAUCUGACCUUGUGGGAUGUUGCAAUUGCAUUGUUGGGGCUAUUCAUUUUCAGUUGUAUACAUGAGAGUCUCACAAAUAAGGGUCCAAUGCUGUGGCCAGUGCUUGGAGUCAUACCAUCAGUCUUCCUUCACAUGAAUGACAUACAUGAUUGGGCCACCAGAGCUUUGAUAAAUGCUGGGGGAACAUUCCCCUACAGGGGAAUGUGGAUGGGAGGAUCUCAUGGAAUCAUCACAGUUGAUCCUUCUAAGAUUGAAUACAUGCUUAAAACAAAUUUUAAGAACUUCCCUAAGGGGAAGUACUAUAGAGAGAGAUUUUGCGACCUGCUAGGAGGUGGAAUUUUUAACUCUGAUGAUGAAUCAUGGAAGGAGCAGAGGCAGCUUGCAAAGCUGGAGAUGCAUUCGAGCCGGUUUAUAGAGCACUCCAUUCAAAGCAUGCAAGAUAUAGUGCACCAGAAACUGAUGAAUUUAUUGGAAAAGCUGGCAAAUUCAGGGCAUUGUUUCGAUCUACAAGAAGUGUUUCUUCGGCUUACAUUCGAUAACAUUUGCACUGCUGCUCUCGGCAUUGAUCCUGGAUGCUUGGCCCUUGAUUUACCGGAAGUUCCCUUUGCAAAAGCAUUUGAAGUCGCCACGGAACUCACCCUGUUAAGAUUCCUGAUGCCGCCUUUUGUAUGGAAGCCCCUGAAGUUCUUCAGACUCGGAAAUGAGAAACGGCUCAAGGAAGCAAUAGAAGUUGUACAUGAUUUUGCAGAUAAGACAGUGAGAGAUCGCAGGAAGAAGCUAGACAAUCUUGGAAACUUAAACGAUCAUUCUGAUCUCUUGUCGAGGCUUAUGGAGAAAGAGAUCGAUAAACAAGGCAAAAACAGACGAUAUCCAGGAAAGUUCUUAAGAGAUUUCUGCGUAAGUUUCAUCUUAGCUGGGCGAGACACAACUUCUGUUGCAUUAGCCUGGUUUUUCUGGCUAGUACACAAAAAUCCUGAGGUAGAAAGCAAAAUCCUGGGUGAAAUCUAUGAAAUUUUAAGUCAUCCUGAGCGAAGAACAGAAGACGAUGUCAUAGUUCUCACAAUAGAGGAAUUGAAAAAGAUGGUGUAUCUUGAAGCAGCAUUAUCUGAGUCCCUGAGGCUCUACCCAUCUGUGCCAAUUGAAAUGAAGCAAGUUCUAGAAGACGAUGUGUUUCCUGAUGGUACCAGGGUUAAAAAGGGUGCUCGAGUUCUUCACUGCAUCUUCUCAAUGGCUCGUAUUGACUCCAUAUGGGGUAAAGAUUGCUUAGAGUUCAAGCCAGAGAGGUGGAUCAAAGAUGGGAAGUUUGUAAGCGCAAAUCAGUUCAAGUACGCUGUGUUUAACGCUGGUCCGAGGCUUUGUGUGGGGAAGAAAUUUGCUUACACGCAGAUGAAAAUGGUGGCUGCUUCAGUCCUGUUAAGGUAUUCAGUUAAGGCAGUCGAAGGUCACAGUGUUGUACCAAAGCUGACAACCACACUCUACAUGAAAAAUGGUUUAAUGGUGACUCUUAAGCCUAGCCAAAGCUCUAAACAUCAAUGCCAGGCUUCCCAUCUUCGACUUCUCCGUAAUCUCUUUAAUAUCCAUUUUCUCUUCCAAUUUCUGCCUUUCCAUUCUCAUACAAGAGCCACUUCAGAGCGUAUUGUCUGUGAUAAGAAUUGCUUGCAAAUUCAUUAUAUAGCACCAAACAAUUAUUGCUGUGGAGCAGGAACUGCCACUGAUACAGAGGCAGUGACUGACAUGGUCAGCUCCCAGCUGCAGCUACAUCGGUGUCAUACUGGAUGAGAAUCAAGGAUUGUAACAGCGUUGACUCUUUUAAAAUCUCAUAUUUUCCACUAUCAAGGAUAUAUUCAAGCUGCUUUGGUGCAUGGUGGAGUGGAUGUGACUGGGCCACAUCUGCAUACAAUGAAUCUAUCCUCAUGGAUCUACGGAUACUCUGCCAUUGGCAACAAUGGGUUCUGGUUCACUAGCUGCUAUGACUGUUUUUGAGUCAAAUUACCGUGAAGGACUAACUGGAAGUUCUUGUGCCAUUUAGCAUCAUGUAGUGGUGAAUUUCAUUUCAAUUUAUAAAAUAUGCUCUGGAUAUGAUCAAUAAGAAAUCUGCUUGAUUUUGCUAAGUAAAAAAGUAUGUUUUUCAAAACUGCUUUUUUGGAGGGCUGUAGAAAGUAGCUCUUAGUCUUUAAUCAAGAUAUUUGGAAUGUCUUCCUUUUGAUGCAUUAAUAUGUAAUGAUUUAUUUAUGCAGAAAGAAGAAGGAUUUAAUUUGGUAUGCAAGGCUAUUUGUGCUGGCGUUUUCAAUGAUUUGGGCAGUGGGAGCAAUAUUGAUGUUUGUGUUAUAACAAAGGUUUGUUGUCUUGCCUGCAUUCAGGGACACAAGGAAUACCUAAGAAACUAUCAAGUCCCAAAUCAUUAUGCAGAUAACAGCUCAAAAUUUUUUACAUUCCCUAAGAAGAUUGAGGUUCUAUUCACCGAAAUCACCUCAUUAAAGGAUCAAGUUGAAGUUGUUGA